GCGUGUUUCGUGUUCUCCGUGUUAUUGACUCUGAGGUUCCACUGUUUAUUCUGAACAAACAGCAGAACGUCACAUUCUUCUUUAAUCCUGAUCAGUCUGAGCUCCAGGCUGCUCAUAAAGUCCGACUCCUCCUCGCUCCAAAGGUCCUUCUGUCCGAAAACAAGACGGACGCAGCCAAACGGGACCGAGCAAAGGAUGGGAGAGCAGGAGCAGGAGCAGGAGCAGGAGCAGGAGCAGGAGCAGGAGGUGAAGGAGCAGGUGAAGGAGAAGGAGAAGGAGAAGGAGAAGGAGGAGAAGGAGGUGAAGGAGAAGGAGGCACCUUCCUUCUCAGAGAGGAAACAUCAGAAAACCUCCAGAGAAGUUUAUUUCAGCGUCCUGCCGGAUAAAUACGAGCCUCUGAUCGAGGAGGACGGGGACGAGGAGGCGGCGGAGAGGAGGAGGAGGAAGGAGGAGAAGAAGAAGAAGAGGAGGAAGCGCUGUAAGAAGUGCAGGAAGAACGUGGGGAAGGCGCUGCGGUUCAGCUGGCGCUGCCUCCUGACCGGCCUCCAGAACAUGGCGUCCGCCUACUCCACGCCGCUGUCCGCCAUGUCCACGGUCGUCAGCCACAGCAGCAGCAAAGCAUGAUGGGACGUCUGAGCGCGGAGCCGUAGAACAUGUGUCUGUUUCUCUUUUAGUUUCUAUUUUCUCCACUUUUAUUUUGUGUUUUUAAAGCUGAAACUUUUACUUUUACGUCGGAUCUUUGCAAAUAAAUUUAACUUAAACGAAAUGAAAAA